AUACUUUUCAAAAGCUGCUAUAACUUCUUUAUUUUUGUUCUUGGGUAUGAGGGGUCAUUUGGCAAUGGCAUUAGAAUAACAUGGAAAUCUAUUAGCCUAAUCACGUGACUCUGAACUUUACAGUGAAGCCCUUGUCAAAUUUGGGUAAAACUUGUGUCCAUUCGUUUGUUUUACUUGGUGUUAAUUUCUUCUUAUAAACAUGAACUGCACAAGUGUCCCUCACCCCUUUCACUGGAGUACAUGUAAAGUGAGGAAUAAUAUCAUCUAAUUCAGAUAACCUGGAUUAGAAUUGGCUUUCCCUACUGGUUUAUAUAACAAGAUGAAUUAUGUUGGACAGCAUGAAUAAAGGCUUGGUGUUUUUGGGGGGCGAUGGUUUUGGAUGCAUUAGAUGUAGCUAGGGGACUGAGAGAGUUGACGGAGAAGAGGGAAUUGGUGCCACAGGUGACAGCACUGAUAGAGCUUCUGGAUGAAUAUUUGAGAUCACGGAGUUCUGUAUUAUUUCAAUGAUGGGAACCAAUUCCUAUCCGCUACUAUCCAAUUGUUGCUUCUCAAGUCUCUCAGUAACUAAUGAUAGAGCUGGGUUUUAUGGCAAUCAUAUUGGUGGAAAUUCAUUACUUUGGAAACUUGGAUCUUCGGAUUUCCAUAAACACCAGUUUGUUUCAUUAAAAGUAAGGAUCAGUAAGGAGGACAUUGUAAAGUCAAAAUUGCUAGAAGAAAACCGGAGAGAGUUUAGAUGGGUUGAGAUAGGCCAUGACACUACAGAAGCACAAAAACAAGCCAUAUCUCAACUUCCUUUCAAGAUGGAAAAACGUUGUAAGGCCCUGAUGAGACGGAUUAUAUGCUUUUCUCCUGAGAAGGGAAACAUGUCUGAUCUGUUGGGGGCUUGGGUGAGGAUCAUGAAGCCUAUUAGAGCUGACUGGCUUUCUGUUCUUAAAGAGUUGAAAACGAUGGAUCAUCCUUUUUACCUUCAGGUGGCAGAACAUGCGCUUGUAGAAGAAUCAUUUGAAGCAAAUGCUCGUGAUUAUACGAAGAUAAUCCAUUAUUAUGGCAAACAAAAUCGACUUCAAGAUGCUGAAAAUCUUCUUAUGGUCAUGAAACAAAGGGGCUUCAUCUGUGAUCAAGUAACUCUGACUACCAUGGUUCACAUGUACAGUAAGGCUGAUCAUCUUCAGAAGGCCAUGGAAUAUUUCGAGGAGAUCACAUUGCUUGGAGAACCUUUGGAUCAAAGAUCAUAUGGUUCAGUGAUAAUGGCCUACAUCAGAGCUGGCAUGCCUCGACAAGCGGAAAGUUUACUUAAAGAAAUGGAUGCACAAGAGAUUCAUGCAGGCAGUGAAGUUUACAAAGCAUUACUAAGAGGCUACUCUAUGGCUGGCGAUACUGAAGGAGCUGAAAGGGUUUUUGAUGCAAUCCAGUUGGCCGGUAUCUGCCCUGAUGAUAAAAUGUGUGGGCUUGUUAUCAAUGCCUAUGGAAAAGCUGGGCAAAGUCGAAAAGCUCGAAUUGCAUUUGAGAAUAUGAGAAGAGCAGGUAUUGAAGCUUCAGAUAAAUGCAUAGCUUUAGUAUUGGUUGCAUAUGAAAAGGAAAACAAGCUUAAUGAAGCGUUAGGGUUUCUGAUGGAUUUGGAGAGAGAUGGCAUUGUUGUUCAGAAAGAAGGUUCAGAGAUAUUAGCUCGGUGGUUCCGAAAACUUGGGGUGGUGGAAGAGGUGGAGCUUGUUUUGAGAGAUUUUGCUGGCAGAGAAGCGAGUGUGGAUCAUGCCUCAAAGAAGAACUCGUUUCUGAAAAGUUAUUAACUUUUUUUCCCAUCAUCCCGACAGUUCUUCAAUGAACUGUAUUCCACUUUCAGCCAUCUAUGGACGCGGAGAAAGUUUGUAUCCUUCUGUAUAUUCCUGCCGAGGCCGAUGCAUAAAAUUCUCGUAGCAGGAAUCUUUUACCCUCUCCACCAUAAAGAAACAGCAGGAAUACGCAACUCUGGCGCCCCUGAACAGCUAGCCAAGCAAGAAUUUGAGGACGGUACAUGUAUUCAGAUCAUUAUUCUCCCUCCUUCAGUUUGUACAGACUGUUUUGCUUAUUUUCUCAUGACCUCUAUUCCGCUAUUCAACUUGUGGACCAUAAACAUCAGUAAUUAUCAAUGAUUACACAACGACUAUCUUUUUAUACUUA